UCAAUCUCAAUAGAUAUAAUUUCACUCUCUGACCAAAUUAACCAUCAUUUAAAUAACCAAGUUGGGAUAGAGGAGAUUUUGAAUGAUAGAUCUUAAGCAGCCCUAAAUUGGCCAGAUCCGAUCCCGGCUUUAGAAACAGGUAAAUGGUUUAAAUGGAGCACAUCAAUUAGGCGUGGUUCCGAAAUUAAGUUUGGAAUUUUGCGAGCACUUUAUCAUUUGAGCGCGGUGCGUGGGUGUCUCAUCCGACAACGAAGCAGCUGAAGGAAGAAGAAUUGGAGCUUUCGGUUUGUUUUUUUGAUGACGAUGAUGAUAAUGAUGAGGGGUUGGAGAAGCUGUUCUCUCUUUUCUUUUUCUUCUGCCUUUGAUCAUCUUCGACAAUUGGGAUCGGGUAACCCUAAAUCUGCCACUUCUCUCUUUUAUUCCCAAAUCUCUUAUUUCUCCACUACCCAUUGCAAGAAGAAACCCAAGUAUGUGUUUGAUCAAAUUGAUGGUGCCUUAAACAAGUUUAAUCAGAUGCUACAUAUGCAUCCAUGUCCUUCUAUUGUGGAAUUUAAUCAAUUAUUAGGGGCCAUUGUUAGAAUGAAGUAUUAUGAAACUGCGGUUACUCUGUUGAGAAAAAUGGAAUUACUAGGAAUUAAUCCUGAUGUUUAUACCCUCAAUAUUUUGCUAAAUUCUUUUUGCCGCUUGCAUCGUGUGGAUUUUGGGUUUGCGGUUUUGGGGAAGGUGUUGAAGUUGGGCAUUGAAUUAGAUACUGUAACAUUCUCCACUUUGAUCAAUGGACUUUGCAUUGGAGGUAAAGUAGCUCAAGCUGUGAGGUUGUUUGAUGACAUGGUUCGAGAAGGGUAUCAGCCUAGUUUAAUCACUUAUAAUACCAUAGUAAAUGGUCUUUGUAAAAUAGGUGACACUACUCGGGCUAUUCUACUGCUAAGGACUAUGGGAGAAAUAGGUUUUGCACCUGACAUUGCAACAUACAGCAAUGUCAUCGACAGCCUUGGUAAGGACAAGCAUGUAACCGAGGCUUUGAAGCUUUUCUCAGAAAUGAGAGGUUGGGAGACUUGCAGGUGCAAAAGAACUUUUCGAAGAAAUGAGUACUCGUGGCCUAGUUCCAGACUUGAUCACUUACUCUACUUUGCUGGAUGGCUUAUGCAAGUGUGGUCAUAUUCAUGAGGCAUUGGGACUUUUUCGUGUAAUGCAGAAUGGUUGGUUAGAACCUGACAUUGUCCACUAUUCUAUCUUAAUUGAUGGCUUGUGUCAAGUUGGGCAACUUAAAGUUGCAA